UUCGUGAAUGGUGCGUCGGUGGAAAAUUCCAAAACGAGGAAAAGUGUGCGUGCAAAUUUGAAAACUAUGCAGCUACAAUGAGAAUCUUCAGUGUGUCAGCGAUGGAAUACAUAUUUCAAGAAAGUCAAAAUAGUCUGGGUUUCAAUUUUAAUGAGGAUGUGAGCGAUCUAGUGAACGAUGAUUCAGACGACGUUAUGAUGGCUCUCUUCAACAGGGAACCAGAAAUGUGGGAUGACUUGCCAUUUAACAGAUUUGACGUGGAUGACAUGCUACACCCUCCUGGGGAGGAUAGCAAGAAGAUCCUGGAGCAGUGGAACGAGCAGAUGGGGGCCAUGCAGGCGUCGGACAGCGAGGACCUCGACAUGUGCCCCGGUGAGCCGUUUCUGGACAUGCUUUUCGAAGGUGACGUCAGCCUCUCGUCGGCGCCUCCCUGCAACUCUCGGUCGCUCCUGAAGCCACGCCAGGAGCGCCUCUCGGCCUCCAACGUGGUUUACGGACUCAAGGCCGAGAGCCAGGACGUCCAGCUGCCCAUCAUGUCGGACAGCGAGGACGAAAUCGAUGUGCUCAAGCCUAUCAAGCAGAUCAAAAUGGAGCUCGAGGAUGAAGACUGCGUCGACGUGGAGACGGUCGUUGACCACACGCCAAUCAUUGAGGCCCCCGACCUCAAAUCUCUAAUGGAGCAGUUUGAGGCGUCAAGCAAGGUGAAUCAAGCUACAGACAUUGACAACGUUGUGCCGUCGAGUUUACCCGUCGUUUCCAACAACCUCCUCGUGCUGUCCAAGCAGAAAAUACGCGAUGCUCUGCCGCAGGAAAUGGUGGAGAAAAUCAAGGCCUCGUCACGCAAGGUUAUUCACGUAAUCCCGGCCAUUCCCUCAAAGCCCUUGGUCACCGGAACUCGCAUGCAGGACGCUGCUGCCACUCUCAACAGGAAUAAGCUGCUCAAGAUUGUUGCUGCCGGAGACUCCGUGCAGCGCGACCACGACUACUGCUCGAGCAUCGGCGAAAGUCCUCCGCCGCAGAUCAAUUUCCAGCACAGUAACUCUGUUGAGUACAAACCUAGCCCGGUGCCAAGCAGAACCUCCUCUGAGACUGCGAAAGAGAACAAAGAACUGAAGCCAGCUGCGACUUGGGACAAGAAUUCCAAAAAGGACAGCGGACUUGAGUCUGGCGAGGUCAGCGACGCCAGCGAGGAGGCAGCCCCGCUCCUUAAGGAGGCUGCCGAAGCUCCUUCACUGCCUCCUGUGAAAGUGAAGAAAAAGAUCAACUUGCAAGAGUAUCGCAGUAGGCGUGAGGAGCUGGAUCGGCAGAAAGCGAGCGGCUCCAGCAGUUCCAUCAGCAAUGCUUCCUCUUGCCUAUCGAGUCCAGCUCACCCCGCGUCGCCAGAACAGGUUGCCGUGAAGCCUGAGAUGCACAGCGUAGAGGUUCAAACUCAAGACCAUGACAUUUCCACUCAGCAGCUGGCAAAAACUGAAAAUAAAGACUUCUCAAAAGUAGAAAGACCUAGUCGUUCCCCCCACAAAAAUCGUCAGUACCGUUCCCACAACAGCGAAUUCCAUGGUAGAUCAACCUCAAGGUCGUCAUGUAGCAGUAGCAGCUGCAGUUCCUACCGCCGAAGUGGGCAAAAGUCCAGGAGAAAACAGGGGAGAUCCUCAUCCCUUUCCUCUUCUGGAUCUUCCAACUCAAGAUCUCGCUCAACCGGAGCCUCGUCCGCCAAGCGCAGGCGGCACGACUCUCCUUCCUACAGGCGAGCUUCAAGACAGAUUAGCAGAUACUCUAACUCCAGCAGGAGCCGUAACAGGUCCAAUUCUCAAGCCAGCACAGCGAGCAGCCACACAAGCAAUACCAGUUCAGAGUGGUACUUGAACGGCAAGGACCGUCAGCGGCAGGUGGAGGAGCGAAGAGUAAUUUAUGUCGGUCGGCUGCCGGACGGAACAACCAAAGUGGAGGUUCGGAAGAGAUUUGAAGCCUUUGGGCCAAUCAUCGACAUCUCCAUCCACUUUAGGGAGCACGGAGACAACUAUGGGUUUGUAACCUUUGCCUGCAAAAAUCACGCUUAUGACGCCGUGGAGCGCGGAAACGACAACCCCGAUCUGCCCAAGUACGAUUUGUGUUUUGGAGGGAGAAGGUCGUUCUGCAAAGUUCGAUACUCUGAUUUAGAUGCUCAGAAUAGUCGCAACAAAGGCGGCAACUUGCACCACGAAGACACAUUCGACAACCUGCUGCGGGAAACUCAGGCCAAGCUGCAGAAGCGGGGCAAGCUGCUCUGACCACCGUGGCGGCCGGCGAGGCGGAGCUCAGGGUGAGUGAGAGCCCAUUUCCUCCUCUGCAGCCACCUCUGGAGUGGUAGUCGACAAAUAGAAAGAAAGAGAGAGAGAGCAGUCGUUUUCCAAGAAUUUUCUCUAAUAAAUAGCAGGGUUCCAACAAACAAACAAACAAAACCAUCAGAAACUGGGUUUUAAUUUUUUUUAACUUAAGCUUUUUCUCAAAGUGUACAUCAUAUUUUUAGGCCUGAUUUGUAAAUUCCCGUGAAUUAGCGAUUAAGAUUUUAUUUUCCUUUCAUUUCUUUCAAAAUGUUUCAUCCGCAUUUUUUACAUUGGUUUUAAAAUUAAUUUAGCAACCAAAAGGGUAACGAUUGGGAACCCUGUCGGUUGAAAAAUGAAUAUCGGUACUGGCAGGCAGGCACUUGAUUAUGUGUCGCUCCGGCACGCUGGACCGAUCGUUGGCUUAACUCAAGUGCUUCAAAGUUUGUUACCAGAGUGCGGAAGAAAUCAAGAUUAAAUUAAUCGAGAAAAGGUUCGUGCCAUAGAAUGUGAUCAGAGUAGAAUACAGUAGCAGAACGAAGGCGAUGAAAGACGGGGAAUAAUUACGAAAAUGAUCUUGUUAUGCCACACACAAACACACACACACACCAGCGAAAUCACUAUAUAACUUAGCCUACUAUACUGUUUAGCUGUUAUUCUAAUGUAGCCUACGCUAAAUGUGACACACACUUUACACGAAACUGAAUCAUGUUCGGGUGGAUAUUUUCAAAGGGCAGCUGAAAUGUUGAAUGAUGUUGAUUUGCCGGCAGCGAGCAGUGGAUCUGCCCUGUCCUAAAUGUUCUACUACUUGUUGAAAAUGAACCACGAAUAAAAUUGUAUGAAACGUCUCAAAAAAA